CUAGCCAGCUCGAAGUGCCACGACUUCACAGCAGAGCACAGGAUCCUCCAGCGGAGAGAAGAGGAGAAGGAAGAGCACUGGGAGAGAAGAGAAAGAGAGCUAGUUAGCUAGAUAGAUAGCUGGAUAAAUAGGUAGUCAUACAGUCUAACAGUUACAAGUCAAAGCUGUCUCCUUUCCCCUUGAAGCAAGCAGAAGUAAAGGUCGUCAUCAGCAGAGAGGUCAUCUGAAAUUGAACAAUGGAUAUCUACGACCCCCAGACCCUUGGGAUAAUGGUGUUUGGUGGUUUCAUGGUGAUCUCUGCUCUCGGGAUUGCUCUUGUCUCCACCUUCUCCAUGAAGGAGACCUCUUAUGAGGAGGCCCUGGCUAAACAGCGCAGGGAGUUGGGUAAGAUACAGUCAACUCGCUCUGACAAAAAGAAAAAGGACAAGGUGUCUGAGAAGAAGGGCCGUGGGAAGAAGAAAGAAGAAAAGCCCAAUGGAAAGAUCCCAGAGCCUGAGAAACUUGAAGAGGAAGUUGAAGCUGAUGAAGUCAUUGAGGCUGCCGCUGCCCCAGUUGUAGCUGCUGCUCCUGUACCUGAACCUGAACCUGUCCCUGCUCCUGAGGUUAAGCCAGCUGCAGCGCCGGCACCAGCAGACACCCAGACAAAGCCUGCUGCUGAACCAAGCCCUCCUCUUGCUGAGCCCUCACCUGCACCCUCACCAAAAGAGAAAAAGAAGAAGAAGGUGGCUAAGGUCGAGCCGGCCUCUACCCAAACAGCCCCACUCCUGGCUGCCCCUGCAGCAGUCAAGACCUCCGCAGUCCCUGCACCAACCCAGGCCCCCGCGUCUGCCCCGACUAAAGCAACCGCUCCAUCCACUGCAUCUGCCCCAGCCAAGACUGCCCCUGCAUCAGCCAAGACUGCCCCUGCAUCAGCCAAGACUGCCCCUGCAUCAGCUAAGUCUGCUCCUGCAUCGGCUAAGUCUGCCCCCGCGCCCACCAAAGCCGCUGCAGCCCCGGCCAAGUCUGCUACAGCCCCCGCCAAGUCUUCACCUGCUCCAUCCAAGACUGUCGCAGUGCUGGAAGCUGUCACUAAAGACGUCCCAGUGAUGGCCGUGCCCCCAGUGGGAUCUCAGCAGGCUCCUGCUGUUAUAGGAAAAGUACAGGAGCCCAAGAAGAAGGCCUCCAAGAAGAAGACUGAGCCUGUGGCAGCGGUGGAUUCUGCUGAUGCUCCUCUGUACCUGCCCUACAAGGCUCUGGUGUCCACUAUCAGUAGCAUGGUGUUCAGUGAGGGAGAGGCUCACAGGCUCAUCGAGAUCCUGUCUGAGAAAGUCGGCAUCAUUCAGGACGCCUGGCACACGGCCACUCAGAAAGGAGACCCCAUUGCCAUGCUGAAGAAACAACUGGAGGAGAGGGAGAAACAGCUGGCGGCUGAGCAAGAGGAUGCUACUGCGGCAAAGAACCGUCUCAGAGAACUUACCAAGGAGCUGUCUGCUGAGAAGUCCAAGGUGACCAGUGUGGAGACGAGGCUGAGUUCCCAGCUGAGUAAGAGGGAGCAAGAAAUGAUCGCUCUGCAAGCACGCAUGCAGGCCAGUUACCAGGACCAUGUAGCACAGACCCAGGGGCUCAAUGCAAAGAUCGUCAGCCUGCAGGACCAGCUGGAAAAGGGCCCCAAUGCCCAGCUGGCUCGUCUACAGCAGGAGAACUCCAUUCUCCGUGACGCCCUCAACCAAGCCACUAGUCAGGCUGAGAGCAAGCAAAAUGCGGAGCUGGCCAAGUUGCGUCAGGAAUGCACCAAGUUAACCAAGGAUCUCGGAGAGAAGACAGAAGCUCUGCUUGCUGAUGACCACGUCAGGAAAGGGCUGGAAGCCAAGGUCUCCACUACAGAGAAGCAGCUCUCCCUGCUGCAGGCCAGCCAUGGUGAGAGUGAGCAGGCGUUACAGAGGAGAUUGGAGGAGGUGUGCGAGGAGCUCAGAGCCACACAGAGUAGAACCAACAGCCUGCAGGCCUCUUUGGACAAUGCCCAGCAGGACAACAGCGCAAUCGCAGAGGUUCAGGUGCGUAUUGGGGGACUGGAGGCUGAGGUCAGUGAGCGCUCUGCUCAGGUGGAAGCGCUCACCGCCCAGCUGGAGGAGACACAGGCAGAGAAAAGCCAGCUCGUGCAGCAGGUGGCCUCCAUCAACUCACUGCUGGAGGCCAAUCAGACCAAAAAGGAGGAGGAUAACGAUCAGGUGAAUGCUGCAGAGGUGGAACAGCUAAAGCUCAGCCUUCAGGAGAGAGACAACCAGUUGAACACUCUUCAAGAGGAACUGAAGCAACUGCAGGUGAAGCAGGAAGCUGCUGAGAACACUAUUGUUGGGCUAGAGCAAAGAAAUAAGAGUGAGGAUGCCGGCCUCAUCACAUCGCUUCAGGAUGAGCUUAAAAACCUCAAAGAAGAAAUGGUGCAACUUAACAGCACACCACAACCAGAUAGCUCCACAGAGCUGGAACUACUAAAGAGCAGCAUGACUGAGAAGGAUGCCCUUGUCUCAUCGCUACAAGAGGAGCUGAGAGAAAGGACGACCACUGAUGCGCAGAGCGUUACGGCGGAACUGACAGCUUUUCAAUCUGAAACCAAAGAAGCUCUCCAGACGCUCUUCCCACAGAUACCCGUAGAGACAGAGCAGUCCAAAUGGUUACAAGUAUUUACGCAGAAAGCUCAGGAAGCUCUCAGCCAACAGAGCCAGGAGUCUCAGUCAAGCACAGCGUCGCCUGAGCUGCUGGAGAAACUGAAGGAGGCCGAGGAGAGCCAUGGCUCACUGCAGGCUGAAUGUGACCAGUACAGGAUAGUCCUGGCUGAAACAGAAGGAAUGCUGAAACAUCUGCAGAUGAGUGUGGAGGAGGAAGAGGUGGUAUGGAAGUCCAAGAUGGCUGACUCAGAGGAACAGCUGAGGGUGGCUUUAGAGAAAGUCAGCAAGCUGGAGGCAGAAAACCAAAGUGCAGAGCAGUUGAAGGAGCAGAUGAUGCUUUUGGAAGCCCAGCUGGAGAAGCAGUCAGACAACCAGGGGACCUCAGAGGAGAUGGAGCAGCUGAAGCUGCAGCUGUCGGAGUAUCAGAGCCAGCUGGAUUUGGCCCAGAAGGAGGCCCAGGCGCACAAGGAGGAGCUUGCACAGGUCACAGAGCAGCUGGGCGAGAUCACGAUGCGGGUUCAGCGAGAACAGAAUGGCCCAGCUGAGGCUCAACCCAGUCAGUUCCAGAACGAGUUGAGUCAGACGACUGAGAAGCUGCACGGGGAAGCGGCUCAGAGACAGCAGCUUUCCGAAGAAUUUCAGCAGGCCCAGAAGACUAUAACAGAACUUCAGGCUCAGUUGGAUCUUCUGAACGUUUCUGCAGAGUCACCACAAGCUGACACAGAAGAUGUUGCGCAGCUCAAGGAGCGCCUGGAGAAGGAGAAGAAGCUGUCCAAAGACCUGGGCCAGGCAGCCACCAAGCUUCAGCAGCUUCUCAAAGCCACUCAGGAGCAGCUGACCAAAGAGAGAGACACAGUGAGAACACUACAGGAGCACCUGGAAGGAAAGGGAGAAUACGUGGAGCUGAAGGAAGGAACAUCCGUCUGAGAGGAAGUUGACCGCAGACACUACAACAAAAAAACUGCCAAAUAUGCCUUAUGAUUACCAUAGUUAUGCAUUCCAAAACUAUUUCUUUCUUGUACUGUAGUUUGAUUGCAUUUGUUGCAACUGUAGGAAUCAAAUGUAUGAUAUUAUGAGCAUUUUCAAAGUAAGAUCAGUGGAGAUGAUCCUGCUACAAUCUUUAUUGAAACCCACAUUCCAUCAACAAUUCUGGCUAUGUCAGAAGUUAUUUAUCCCCCUGCCUUAUAUUCCAGACAUUUCCCCAUAGUUCAGUGUUAAAAAGGGAAACCGAUUGUACGUCAAACGUACAUCAACCUGUGCAAUUACUUUGUAUGUCUUUUCUAUGUGGUUGAAUGAUGGGAACAUUUUUAUGGUUCAGUGUUUCAUUACCUUUUGGGCCUGCUUUCCUCUGUAGCCGGCUGCCAAUUACACGCAUCAAAUUUGUAUGAAUGAAUAAACUACAGUGUAGCUCUAUAUAAUUCCUG